GGUCCAUGGUCUGCCCCUUUGAUUCCAAAUCCCGAAUACCAGGAGGAACCUUUACUCCACGCCUACAACACAGCCUACAUUGGAUUUGAUCUGUGGCAGGUGAAAUCCGGAACAAUCUUCGAUAACAUCAUCAUCACUGAUGACAUUGAAUCAGCGAACGCGUUCGCCGAGGAGACGUUUGUCAAAUUCCGCGAGGUCGAAAAAGAAGCCAAACGAAAAUUAGACGAGAAGGACAAUGAGCCUGAGGAUGAUGACUCGAAGGGUAAAGAAGACGAUGAUGACUCGCAGAGUAAAGACGAUGAUGAUGAUAUAAUUGAUUUAGAUGUGAUGGUUGGUGACGAAGGAAAGGUCGUUGUCUCGGAACCCGAUCCAAACUUGGAUCUCAAGGUUGACGAUAAGCCGAAACCCGAAGACGUUCCAUCAAUUGUUGAACAAGAUGAAGAAAAGGUUUCAUCAGAAACAGAGUCAAAAGAACCCACCGGUCCAUCUUCGGUCGAAAAAGAAUCCGUCGCAUCUGAAAAAGCAAAGGAAGAGACCAAGACAACACCAUCCGCUUCACCGAAGAAACAAGAAGAAAAGGAUGAAUUUGACAUACUGUUCGAAGACUUGGAGGAAGAAUCGAACUCACCGAAGAGGGAUGAAUUAUAA